CACCACGCCACACCUUUAGCCCCGCCCUGACUAAGGCCCCAAUCCCAAGGAAGCUUUCAAUUUCCCAAGGGUCUCAUGGCCCUCCUAAUCCUCCUGUCCUGAGAACCCCGUCCUGAUUGGCUGCCUACCAAUCCAAUCACUACGCCCCGGGCCCCAGGACUCCUGGGUCCAGCCCGUGCGCCCCACGGAGAUCGGCCCUAACAGCCCCGCCCAGACCCGAAGGGGUCCUAGGGGAAGCUUGCCCGCCUGGACACCUGGGCCAACAGCAAAACCCAAGGAAUUCUAGGGUCAUGGCCCGAUUCCAAAAGGUGGAACUGGCCGAGGCCCUGGAGUUGGGUCCCAACUGGAGACACUUCUGUUACGUGCUGCUCUACGCACCCAACCCGGGGACGCUCUUCGACCGCAUCCCGCUGCGGUACGCCGUGCUGAUGCUGAUGCGGUUCGAUGGACGCCUGGGCUUCCCAGGAGGCUUUAUGGAAAUGCAGGACAGCAGCCUGGAGGACGGGCUGAACCGAGAAUUGCAGGAAAAGUUGGGAGAGGCGGCGUCUGCCUUCCGCGUGGAGCGCACAGAUCACCGAAGCUCACGCGCCGGGACAAAACCAAAUAUAGUGGCCCACUUCUACACCAAGCUUCUGACCCUAGAGCAGCUGGAGGCUUUGGAAGCUAGCGCACCACGAGCCAAAGAACAUGGGCUGGAGGUUCUGGGCCUUGUGCGGGUGCCUUUGUAUACCCUACAGGAUGGUGUGGGAGGCCUGACUGCCUUCCUGGAGAAUUCCUUUAUUGGCAAUGCCCGGGAGGAGCUACUAGAAGCCCUCCGUGACUUACAAAUUCUGGAACCUGGCUCUUUCUCAAACCUUAAGAUCCCAGCUCAUCACCUUCCAAGGACCCAUGGAACCUGAGACUAGGACCUUGGUACUAGGAAUGGAGGGAUGAAGGGACAGGGGAAUGUUUUCUCUUCUGAGCCUGAGAGAUAAUACCAGAUUAAAAAGACAUGUGUAGGCGA